AAAGAGAGAGAGAGAGACCCAUACACACACAUUCAAAAAUGAGGAUCAAAAUCUCAGGCUUUAAAAAAUUACACUGUCUCAACACCUAGGCUCACUUCCCCCUCUCUCUCUCUCUCUCUCUCUCUCUCAAACAUUACUGUGCUAUUUUUGAUAUGAACCUUCUUGUUAUGGUAAUAUCCAUGUGGGUUUUCAGCUUCACUUGGUUUUUAUCAGCAAUUGAUGCCAGACCAGACCCUCCUCUUUCUUCAGUUUCUGACCCAGUUCUUCCAACUGAGAAACAACCCUUUUCUCAAUUUUCUUCAGAAAUGGCUGUUCACUCUCCAGGAUUGCCAGAGGUUAGAGUAGUGCACCACCAAGAUUUGAACAAGAAAAUUCUCAUAGCACUCAUUGUUGCUUCAAGUCUCCUUGGUGGAAUUUUGGUGUCUCUGUUAUGUUUCUGGAUCUGUAGACUGAAGAACUUGAAAAACUCCAACACUAAAAGCCAACAAAGCCAGGAUGCUGUGAAAGGACUUCCAAUGGGUCAAGUUUUGGGUAGUUUCAAUUCUUUGAGAAUGGCUGGUAGAAAGGGCUCUAUUGCUCUAAUUGACUAUCAGUUGUUAAUAGCUGCAACAAACAAUUUCCAUGAAGACAAUGUUUUGGGUGAGGGUGGAUUUGGACGGGUUUAUAAAGCCCGAUUCAAUGAUAAUGCGCUAGCAGCUGUAAAAAGACUCCAUGGCGGAAGCCAGGAUGCUGAAAGAGAAUUCAAGAUUGAAAUUGAUUGGUUGAGUAAAAUUCAUCAUGAGAAUAUAGUUUCUCUACUGGGUUGCUGCAUUCAUGGAGAGGCAAGGUUUCUGGUUUAUGAGUUGAUGCCUAACGGGUCUUUGGAAUCCCAAUUGCAUGGACCAUCUCACGGAUCAGCUUUAACCUGGCAUCUCCGAAUGAAGAUUGCUCUGGAUGUUGCAAGAGGAUUAGAAUUUCUUCAUGAGCGCUGCAACCCUCCCGUGAUCCAUAGAGAUCUGAAGUCAUCUAACAUUCUUCUUGAUUCCAACUUCAAUGCUAAGCUUUCUGAUUUUGGCCUAGCAAUAGCUGGUGGAAACCUAAGCAAGGAUAACGUAAAGCUUUCAGGAACUUUGGGAUAUAUAGCCCCAGAGUACAUUUUGGAUGGUAAAUUGACUGACAAAAGUGAUGUCUAUGCUUUUGGUGUUGUUCUUCUGGAGCUUUUGAUGGGAAGAAAGUCCAUGGAAAAAGCAGCAUCAGAUCAGCACCAGUCUAUUGUCUCAUGGGCCAUGCCUCAGCUUACCGACAGGUCAAAGCUCCCAAACAUUGUGGACCCUGUGAUCAGAAAUACAAUGGAUUUAAAGCACUUAUAUCAAGUUGCUGCUGUUGCCGUGCUGUGUGUACAACCAGAACCAAGUUACAGGCCUUUGAUAACCGAUGUGCUGCACUCCUUCAUUCCUCUCGUGCCUCUUGAGCUUGGGGGAUCACUAAGAGUUCCAGAAACUGUGCCGCCUGCCUGCAGUAGUUAGCCUUCGAGUCAUUGAUUACAUAAAACUGGGGAAUGUGACUUAUACAGGUGCAUGCUGUAUUUGUUUUUUUUUAUUUAUUUAUUUAUUUUUGUUUGUUUUUUUAUUUUUUUGCAGUUGUAAAGUGAGGCGUUUUGUAUAGAAAUUUACAGCAUUGAUCAUAUCUCUUCAAGUGUACACCUCCAAUGUGUUUGAACAUAAGUGAGGAUUGGAGUCAUGGAUUAGUUGCUCUUUGAAGGGAUAUUAACUGAAUGUGCUGGUGACAUUUAUACAUGGAUGUUGAAGCCUAAGCUGUUUUUGCUCAUUAUUUAAGUAAUAAUGACAUUUGUAUUAUCACAUAGUUAAGGGCUGAACUGUUUCUUUAAAUGCGAUAUGUGAUUGUGACGCCUCAACCGGCUGUAUUAAUUCGAUUUCAUGAAUUUCAUGACACCAGCCCAUGUUGGUGCUAAAUAUGAAUCAGAUUUAUUGGCCGGAAGUUUGGCCAGGUAAG